CACAUAGGGCAGUUGCGUAAUUCAGCUUGGUUAAAUAAAAAAUAUUCGAAAAGAGAUAAGGAAGAAAGAGAACAGCCAUGUCAUCGAUCCAAGUGAAGAACAACUCCAACUGUUAGAUUAAACCAGCAACAAAGAACCCCAGCCGUUGGAUGAAAAUAUCAAGAAAAAACAACGGAAAAAGGGAAACAACACUGAACUCUUUUCUUUAACUCCUCUGAUCCAUUUCCGAUCUCCUCCAUAUUCUCAUCCCCUUUAAAUCUCAAACUUUCCCUAUUGUUUUCUUCACCCCAAUUUCCCUCUCCUUUCAUUCUUCCCUAAAUUCAAAAUCCCAAACUUUCAUUUUUUGAAUUUAUCUAAAGAAGAAGAAAAAAAAAAGAAAUAAUUUUAGUGAGUUUACUUUUAUUUUAUUUUUUUUGUGUUUGAUUUUCCCCGAUUUACAUGGCUACUGAAGAUCCCAAAACUAACAAUGGAAACAACCCAGUCCCAGCUCCAGAACAAGCUCCGGCUCCGGCUCCGGUGGUGGUUCCUACUCUUCCUCCGUAUCCCGAGCUGAUUAUGGCAGCCAUCGAGAGUUUGAACGAACAAAACGGUUCAAACAAAUCCUCAAUCUCAAGACAAAUCGAAGCCACCUACGGCAACCUCCCGCCGGCUCACUCCACUCUGCUAACCCAUCACCUGAACCGGAUGAAAGCCACCGGCCAGCUCGUUCUCCUCAAGAACAACUACAUGAAGCCUGAUCCCAACGCGCCACCGCGCCGCGGCCGCGGCCGUCCGCCGAAGCCCAAGCCGGCUCUUCCGGCUGGGUACGUCCCGCCUCCUCCGCGGCCACGUGGCCGGCCACCUAAGUCCAAGGACCCACUUGCCCCGGCGGCGCCACCCAAGAGGAAGGAAGCGCCACCACCUUCUGCCGGGUCUGGCCGGAAGAGAGGUAGACCGCCCAAGAUGCCGAAGACCGGGGCGGCUGCUCCGGUUGCAGUUCCUACUGGGCCUCCGAGAGGAAGAGGAAGGCCGCCGAAGGUGAAGCCGCCGGUUCCUUCAGCUGCCACCACAGUAGGGGCUUGAUCGAGAGAGGAUAUCAAAUUUAGGGGUCAUAGUUGCUAAUUACUUCUUUUACCUUACUGUCCCUUUUUUUUUAUUUUUUUACCUUUUUACCUUCAUUUUUUUAAAUUUGUAGUCCUUGUAGUUUGGGGUUAAUUUAGUUUAGGCCAUUGAGUGAGUGAGUGACUGUGAGUUGGGUGACUUCUUCUAGGUGGUGUUAUGACUUUCGUGACCAAUGUAAUUCGUCUUUUGGCUGUGUAUGUGUAAAUUUUUAAUGUUGGAGCGGCAGUUUAGGCUUUACAUUUCGGUUACUUUUAUGAGUUUAUGGCA